CCCCAGUGCUCGUACGUUCCUCCAUGUGAGAGGGACAACCAGAAGAACAAGGACAAUGUUCUGUGGUGGGAGGACUACUGGACUAAAGAGGUCAGCUCCCAAUCCUUCACCUGUUUCUUCAACCAGCAGAGAAGACCUGACGACGUACUGUGGCGGCGUUCCCACGACGCCAGCGUCCUCCUCCACUGCGUCCUGUGGCCCAUGGUGAGCCUGCUGGUGGGCACCCUCAUCGUCCUUCUCACCGUGUGCGCCCGCAGCCUGGCCGUGCGCGCCGAGGCCAUCCAAAAGAGGAAGUGCUCGUACGAGCCGGCAGGCAACUCAGAGCAGGGCAAGACUCCGCCCAACACCAACACCGCCUCCUUCCGGACCCUGCCGAUGUUCGCUGUUCCUGUUCGACGCAGAGACCGGGAACAGGAACACUAGAUGGAUGGAUGGAUGGAUGGAUGGAUGGAUGGAUGGAUGGAUGGAUGGAUGGAUGGAUGGAUGGAUAGAUAGAUUGAUGAUGACUGUGGUCUCAGUGGUGGCUGUUGUGUGAUGAGGACCUCGUAGAAGCGUGGAAUGUUUGAACUUCCUAUUAUGACUAUUCUGAACACUCUCAUUCCGCUGGACUGGACUCGAGGCUCAUGCACCAGAAAUGCUUGUCUGUCUCGUCUUGGUGUGUUAGUCUACUUGUGUAAGAGCCAUUUUGUCAGUUCAACUCUCAGCUGGUGGGGGACCUUUCUAAUGAUAUGUGUAUUACAAUGUGUUGGUUAUGUCUACGAAGAAGCAAAAAUCCAAAAAGGACAUUGCCGCUUUCUGUCACUGGUCAUGUUUUUGGACAGGUCUGUGUCACGUGUUGAGCCUCUGUGUCUCUGUGCUGAUUGUAAUGUUGUUUGCGUUUACUUCACUAGCUGAGCUCGGUCUCAAAGUUCAGAGUUCACUGACUUACAAACAGGAAAUGUCUGUGACCUUUGAACACUCUUUAACUGGACUCUUCAUUACAAAGCCCUGGUCGUAUGAAGGGAGGGAUUGUGAGGGCGUCCCGGCCAGGACCACCUGAGAGGAAUCUUCGACACCAGUUACACAAAAUGUCAGUGCUUUGUUUAGAGAGAAUGUGAUGAAAGGAAUUCUGGGAGAGUCCUUCUAAUCCCUGGGACUACAGAGCCAGAUGCAGACCUUGGUCUGAUCACCCCCGGCAUGAUGUACUGUCUUCUUCUCUGGGUGGUAUUAGGAAGCUUUUAAAUGCCUAUCUCACUGUUACUGAACACCCCGGGCCAGGAUUGAAACAAAUCGCUACAAUGCGUAUAUUACUUUUAAAGGCAUAUUGUGGUUUGUUUUAAUCCGGUUCGCCCUCUCUCUCCUCUCUGUACCACCUGUCUUUUACUUAACCUGUUUCUAACAAGGCUUCUUUAAGGCAUCUGUCCAACUCCAGCGAACCCAACCGCCAUGGACGGAUUAUGUCUGCUGUUUGUUUUCAGUUGGUUGUCGCAGGACAUGUUUGAACCUAUUAUGUCCUGAUUUAAUAUGCAGAAUCGGCCACGGACAGUUGGUCUGCGUUCGGGGACAAAACUUGGGAUAGGUAGUUUGUCUGUGGUUGGAUAGAUGUGCAGAUUCCUUGACUGUAGCAACUUCCUCUGUCUUCUCUUCUGUCAGGUAGUGGUUUUAGUUUUUUCACGAUGCAAAUUGAUUGGUUUUCUUACCACAGUAGCAGACUUUUGCACCGUUUUGAAUAGUUCGUCGUCCGUAUGUGUUACAGUAAGCUCUCCGAUUGGUUUGAACAGUUAGUACAUCCAGUUAGUGUUUUCCAUCGAUUGGAUAAAAAAAAAGAAAUCUGAUCUGAGUAAAAAUCGUUAGACCUACCUACCUUGCUCCAAGAAAAGGUUUGCUCUCUCCAUUGCAUUAAUCGGACGUACAGAAGUUUUUACUUGUGUAUUUUCUACAAAAGAAGUAGCUAAGACAUUGUCGUCCUUUGCUAAAAGAUGAAUGAUAUUUCAUACAUAAAGCCAUAUGCUGAACAUGUGAUUGCAGUAAGAGACAUCUCUAGGGGAGGUUAUGUCCUCUUAAGCUGUAACAGUAGUACAAAACAAACAUAUAUUUUGUGUUGGAAAGAGAAUGUUUUUUAUAAAGCCAAUCCAUUAUAACGUCUGCUGCAUAAUGAUGAGUAAUAGUGCCUGAUAGAUAUCUUUAAUAAAAAGAAUAAGAGUUAUUGUCUUCAAAAUAGUUUAUUACUGCACCAUAUUCUUCUUCUUUCUUUAAAAUAAAUCUUCUUCGGGAUCGGUGUCCCUUCCACGGGACGGGUGAGCUAACGUACUGUAGGCUAAUGCGAUUAGCAUGAGGUUGUAAGUAACAGCAACAUUUCCCAGGACAUGGACAUUUCUGAUAUGGACAGAAAGAUUCAAUUCUUGUUAAUCCAACUGCACUGUCCAAUGUAUAGUAGCUAUGACAGUGAAAGACUACCAUGCUAUUGUUUGAGGAGAGUGCACAAUUUUGAACAUGAAAAGUUAUUAAUAAACAAAUUAGGCACA